CGACUUCACCCCGCAGUCCCUGCAUCCUGGGGCUGUGGUUGGGGUGAAGGACACGGAGGACUACUUUGAGAUGUACGUCUACGUCGGCGCUGGUUCCAUAACUACGUUCAAGCCAGAGAGAACUACCCCAGGGCUGCCCUUCCAGAGCUUGGUGCUCGGUGGUGAUGCCAGCGGCAUCAUGAUCGACGAAGAUGUGAAGAUUGGGAGUGAGAGCGUCCGCAUUACAAGGAACGUGGAGGAGCUCGAGCAAUCUUCCUUUCCGCUUCAAUGGACAGUCAGCAUCCCCUUGCCGGAGGACGUCGACACGUCAAUCAGAGGAAAUAAAAGGGUCAAGAACGGUGUACAGGCGGUCUACUUGAAGAAACGGAAGUUGGAGGAAAAAAUCAUUGUCGAAGAUUGGCUCGAAGAGCUCAACUCUGAGUCAGAGUAGAAGCUUGUUGUGUUCAACAAGGCCCGUUGGCCUAGGUUAAUGGAAUUGGUGGGUGGUGGACGAUCGGACAGGAUUUGGCCAAGGGCACUAGCAGAUUAGGGUAAUAGAGCACUUCAAGUCCCACUAUUUAUUGAAGUGGUUCGAGGCUUUUUGCUUUGUAAUUGUAACACUGCUUGUCAAAUAUGGAUUAAACUUCGCGCUCGUGAACUCUUAGUUCCAGGAGCUUAUAUUCCAUUUGGAGGAUAUCACUGUCCAUUGCUCUUGGGCAUUCU